AUGCAUGAAUUUUUGAAAACAGAGGAGUUUCGAGAUCACAUACGGGCAUACAUCAAACAGAACAUUCGAGCGCAUGUUGAUGGUCUUGAUGAAGAAACAGUGCGCACCACACCACAUGAAUCCAAAUUGGGAUACUCCUGUCCGCCCAAUCCUGAUGGCGCAGAUUGGGAAGCCGAAUGUGCUGACAAGGAGCGGCGAGUUGUUCGGUCACAACAAGUUCAUACAUGCACUAAAUCAACUUGCCUCCAUUACAACAAACAUGGAAGGCUUGUAUGCAAAAGACGUGCACCAUGGGAGCUAUCAGACACUGAAUAUAUUGACGAGAACAGGAACUGGAAGCCAAAACGCACACAUCCCUACAUCAAUAACUAUUGCCCAGCGAUAUCAGUUUCAUUGUGUUGCAAUAAUGAUAUCAAAUUGCUCACAAAUGGAGUUGACAUGAAACACGCAUCAUGGUAUUUGACGGACUAUCAAACCAAAAAGCAAAACAAAAAUAACAACGUGUCAGCGCUGAUGGCACAGUCCCUCAUGUAUCACGAACAGCACUCCGAUCAUCUAGAGAGUGUACUGGAUCGUAAUCGACUCCUAUUAUUUCGUUGCCAACAUGCUCUCAACCACGAAAUGGAGUUGUCUGGUCAACAAGUAAUGGCAUAUUUGAUGGGAUGGGGUGAUCAUAUAUGUUCUCAUCGUUACGUGUCGCUUUACUGGUCAGGUCUGAGAAGAAGUUUGUUGGCAACUUUUCCUGGCCUACAGUCAAAGAAAUUCUGGUAA